UUCGUGCUCGGAUACAUUCAUUAAAUUCCACUAGGAAAAGCCAGGAAAGUUGUCUUGGCGCCAUAUAUGUUAAUCACUCAAAACUCUAUGGAAAGUUCACCAUAAAUUCUCAAAUUCUCACCUCAUCAACUCCAUUUCUCAUCCUCAUCUUCUGUCUAAGAAAAAGUGAUGAACUUCACUCUCCUGCUAGCAAUCCUCUUGAUCAUAUGUCUCCUCAUGCCCCAUUCAGGGUACUUGAAGUUCAACUACUCGACCUUCUACACUGAAGACGAGGAUAAUUUCAUCAGAAGGAAUUCCUACAUCGUUCUCAAUGCGAUUCAGGUGACCCCCGACGUGAAAGGCGCGCAGAUAUCCAACAGAUCGGGGCGAAUCUAUUACGAAAAGCCACUGAAGCUGUGGGGACGUAGAAAGGGAGGUUCUCGCGCUGUGGCAUCCUUCGAUACCACAUUCGUGCUUAACAUCAGUCCCCAGACCGACCCUGGAGGUGAUGGUUUGGCCUUCAUAUUGGCGGGAGAUACCACCCUUCCGACUAAUAGCAGUGGGAAAUGGCUUGGGAUCGUGAACUCGAGCACAAAUGGGUCCCCUCAGAACCAAAUCGUGGCUAUAGAGUUCGAUACCCUUAAGAGCCACGACGAAGAUAUCGAUAGUAAUCAUGUUGGGCUGGAUGUCAACAGUAUCUAUUCAGUCAAGCAGGUGGCUUUGGACAGCUAUGGAGUUAGUCUCUCAGCAGCAACAGAUAUUACCGCGACGAUCCGAUAUGAUGGAGCAAACAUCAGUGUCUUUGUUCACUUGAGCAAUGAUACAGGAGAAAGUACAAAGAGCCCAAUACUUACUAUGUUGAUCGAUCUCUCAAGUUACCUCCCGAAGAAUGUCUUUGUCGGGUUCUCAGCUUCUACGAGCAAUGCCACAGAACUUAACUGUGUCAAAUCUUGGGCCUUCGAGGGUUCAGACAUAGUCGAACAUCAGAAUUUGAAGUGGCUUUGGAUAGUCAUUUCUGUAAUGGUUGUAAUUGUAAUAGUAGGUGUCGUAGCGUUCUUAUGUUGGAAAAGGAGCACUUACCGUGAUCCACGCAAUCAGUACCCAAGGAUCGAGGCACAAAUCGAGGACUCGACUAUGGUUCUCAACAAGUUCCGACUGAGACAGCUCAAGAAGGCAACAGGAAAUUUUGAUCCCAAGAACAAGUUGGGGGAGGGUGGCUUCGGAAUCGUUUAUAAGGGGCACUUGCUAGAUCGGGAUGUGGCUGUGAAAAGAAUCUCAAAGAAUUCCCGUCAGGGUAUACAGGAGUUCCUCGCCGAGGUCACCACGAUUAGGAGCCUGAAUCAGAGGAAUCUUGUGAAGCUGAUUGGGUGGUGCUACGAGCGAUCGGAGCUCCUCCUUGUGUACGAGUACAUGUCCAACGGUAGCCUCGAUAAGUUCAUAUACAGGGAUGACAAGUUGAUUGCAGAAGAAAUGAACUUGAACUGGGGAACAAGGUACAAUAUAAUACGGGGGAUAGCGCGGGCUUUGGAUUACCUCCACAACGGGUGCGAGCGACGGGUUCUCCAUCGGGACAUAAAGGCAAGCAAUAUAAUGUUGGACUCUGACUUUAACGCCCGGUUGGGUGAUUUUGGACUAGCUCGAAUGAUCCAACAGACUGAGCAGACCCACCACUCGACUAAGGAGAUAGCAGGCACCCCUGGAUACAUGGCCCCAGAGAGCUUCUUGAUAGGCCGAGCCACAGUGGAGACCGAUGUCUAUGCCUUUGGGGUUCUCAUGCUCGUGAUCAUAAGUGGGAGGAUGCCCGGUGACCAGAAGGAGGAGAGCAAUAUUGUGCAUUGGAUAUGGGAGCUUCACCGCCAGGGAAGGAUUAUAAGCGCUGUUGAUUCGACAUUGGAUGGCAAUGUCGAAGAGAUGCAGUGCGUACUCAAACUUGGCUUAGCCUGUUGCCACCCAAAUCCGCACAACAGGCCAUCAAUGAGGGUUGUUUUGCAGGUUCUGGCAGGGGAGGCCCCGGAUCCUCUGGUGCCCUUGGAGAGGCCGGCUUUUGUUUGGCCGGCGAUGCCUCCGUCUUUCAAGGGAGACGUUGAUAUCUCCUUGACCAAUGGACAGCUUACUCCAAUCACGGAACUCGUGGGGAGAUAAAGCCAACGAGGAAGUUACAAGAGAAGGUCGAAGUUUCAUUGGUUCAACUUCGGAGGGCUAAGAUGAAUUUAUUACUACCGUGAAAUAAGUAUUUAGGGCACGUGCAUGUGUAAUUUCUCUUGAUUGUUAUGAAUCUUUCCAUUAAGAUGUAACAGCAUAAAAUAGGCAGGCUAGCUCGUGUAAAAUGCAUGUACAGGACUUCUGAAUUUGAAAAAGGAAUACU